UGUACUGUAGCUUACAUGGAGCUUCUGCUCCGCAAGCUCCAUGUUUGCAGGGCUACUUUUGCCAAGGUGGAGCUACAGUGCCAACACCUGAGAGCUCUGAAACCUUCCUGAGGAACGGUCUCUGUCCGGUAGGACACUAUUGUCCAGCAGGGUCUCUCACCCCACUCCCGUGCCCUGCUGGGAGUAUCCGCAAUGCAACUGGAGGUGUUUCCAUGGAAAGCUGCUCCACCUGUCCUGCUGGCCACUACUGCUCCUCUGAGGGCCUUGCUAGCCCCAGUGGUCCAUGCUCUGCUGGUUUUUAUUGUCCAUUUGACUUCUCCUCAACUACUCCAUAUGCCUUCCUCUGCCCCAAGGGCCACUUUUGUCCUGUGGGAACAGCAUUGGCCUUGCCGUGUCCUACUGGAGAGUACCAACCAAACCCGGGCUCUGAGAACUGUGUCCCAUGCCGACCUGGAUUCUUCUGCGAGGAGGCUGUGGUGGGAGACCCGUGGCCAUGCCCUCCACACUCGUUUUGCCCUGCAGGGACAAUGGUGCCGCAGCCCUGCCCUAACGGGACGUACACCCAUUCCAACCAGACUGGGUUACAGGAAGAGAAGGAGUGCUUGCCUUGCCCUCCAGGGACGUUCUGCAGGGCUGGUAAGAUCCAGGGUGUUUGCGCUGCAGGAUAUUUGUGCAUUUCUGGGAGUGCAGAGUUCACCCCUCAAGGGUCAAUGUCUAACAUGACCCACUGCCAGUGGGGUGUGCAGUGUGCUGGCCCAUGCCCACCAGGUGCAGAACAGGCGCAGCUGUGUCCUGCAAACACAGUCAGGAGCUUUGCAGGGGCAACGAGUCUGAAGGACUGCUUACCCUGCCCUCCACAGUAUUGGUGCAAACCUGGAGAUCCAGAUGUUCAUCUAUGUCCGCCUGGCCAUUACUGUGAUGGUCUGCCCGGCAGUGACUUCAGUGGUGGUACCGGGCCCCGGCCAUGUCCCAUAUUUACUUAUCGAGGUUCCCCCGGAGCAGGCAGCAAGGGUGACUGCCUGCCCUGUCCUCCUGGUUCACACUGCAACACCACAGGACUUACAGAGUAUACCAGUAGUCCUUGCCCACCUGGCUUCUGGUGCAGUGGGACUGGACCCCCCAUCUUCUGCCCAGCAGGGACCAAGAGGCAGCUUCCUGGAGCCGCUGCACCCAACCAGUGUGAAUCGUGUGCAGGGGGAACCUUCUGCCCAGACCCUCGCGUGACAGGAAAGCCCAACGUGGAAGGAAUCCCCUGCAGGGCCUCGUAUCAAUGUCCUGUUGGUGCAGUUUCAGAGAAGUUAUGCAGAGCUGGCUCGUUCUGUGGACCUCAGACUGCUGAGCCUCAAGUGUGUCCAAAAGGUUAUAUUUGUCCUGAGGGAUCGUAUUCGUAUGACACCUCUAAACAAGUAUGUCCAUUUCCCUACUACUGCCCUGCCAACAGCUCUGCCAUGAAAUCCUGUUCUGGAGGAUCAAUGCCUGUCAGCACGAGCGCUCUCAGAGGAUCACAUAGCAGCAGCUGUAGCUUAUGUGAAGGUGGCACUUAUCGUCCAUAUCUUUCCCCGAGUCUGCAGUGCCUCCCAUGUCCACCGGGAUAUUACUGCCCUGAAGGUGCUGAAAUAAAGCAAUUCUAA